AUGUCUGCCCUCAACGCCUUCCACGAGUCUCUCCCAUAUAUUGAUGAUGAGCCCACACCGGAGGAGCGCGAGGCCUCCUUGGCCCUGAUUAUGGCCGAGCUAGCCACGUCUCCCCCGCCCCCUACAUCAACCUACAAAGAACCAUCCUUCUCUCCCCUUAUUGAACUUGAGCUGGAACGCGUUGCCUCUAAACAGCCACUCAAAGCCAUCAACCUCGAGCGUUACCAAGCACAAGAGCCUUUCACAGACUCUGGGAAACCAUCGACAGCAGAAGACCGCGAGCGUCUGGCUGACGCUCUCCGGAAAGCAUACAUAUCCUAUACCUAUCUAGAUACACGCGCUCAGAACCUCAGGUUGCUUGACAAAUGGGGCAAGAAUGCUUGGCUAAUUGGUAACUGGGACCUGGAGAACAAGCUCAAGGCUCUGGAGCGCGAUCUCGCCGAAACAAAGCGCUUGAUCGACGUCUUAACUGUCGCUCGAAGGCGGCAGCAGGAGGAAGUGGCAGCUGAGAUGAAGGGACUGGAAGAGACCUGGAAGAAGGGUGUGGGAAGGAUACUAGAGACUGAGAUUGCCAUUGAACAGUUGAGGAGGGAGAUUCUGGAAGAGAUGAGAGUAAGAGGAGGUUAA